AUGAACACGAUCGGUCGGGUCUCCUAUAUGGCCUCGCCGGUCCACCAGCGACGCGCCGAAGUCUACGGUGGACGACGACGCGUGAUCGUGUCGGGCGGCAGUCUCGUCGCGGUGGCCGUCCGGCCGUCCGACCGAUCGGGCCCGCGCUUGCCGCCCGUCACCGAAACUCGGACCGUCGGGCUCCGACCGGUCGGCGCGACGCCGACCGCCCGCCGAACGCGACCGGCGUGCCAACCGCCGUCGCAGAUCAGAGCCAUCUAUCGGCUGACAUUUGCGCACUUACUAGUCUCACGCCUCGGCCGACGAUUCCGAAGAACGAUCUUGCGGGCGGCGUGGCGUGCGCCAGGCGCGUCGUUGUCGCCGUGA